AUGGGUUUUGUGGUUUAUGUAUCUGAUGCGUGUGGAUUAGUUCACAAUCGAGGUGUGAGUUCGGUGUACCUUAUCCUAUACGCGGAUGAGCUUUUGAUUGGGUUUGUGGACAAUGGUGUGGCGGAUGAGAUCAAGUCGGGCUUGCUCAACCCUUUUCAGCUUAGUGAUUUGAAUCAAGCGCGAUUAGUACUUGGCAUCGAGGUUUAUCACAACCAAGAGCAUGGCAAGCUGCACACUUGCCAAUCUCAAUUCAUUGAACGUCUCACGAGUAAGCUCGUUGAGGAGAAUCUCAACGCGUGGAUGGCCGACGGUAAAACCUACAUAGCAAACGGUACGCGUCCGGACAUUUGCGUCUCUCUAUACCACGAGUUCAUGCGAAGCACAAUUGAAAGCUGGGAUUUAAGUGGUGAUGCAGCGACGCGAAAGGAAACGCCGGGUGUAUUGGUGCUUUUUGGUAGCGUGGCAAUCGUGUUCAAGUCGCAGCGUCAAUGCAUCAUUGCUCUCUCUUCAACAAAGACUGCGCAUUUGGCUCUAUCGCUGACUACUUAA